UCCCCACACACCCAAAACCUGAACAACCUCACAUCUACCCCCAUUAUAUAACACCACAACUAGUUAUCUUUCCCACUCUUUCUCUGUUUCCUUUAUUUCUCUUAGAAUGGCUCAGAAGGUGGUAUUGAAGAUCAUGACCAUGACCGACGACAAAACCAAGCAGAAAGCUAUUGAAGCUGCAGCUGAUAUCUUUGGGGUUGAUUCAAUAGCAGCAGAUCUAAAAGAUCAGAAGCUAACAGUGAUAGGGCAAAUGGAUUCAGUGGCCAUAGCAAAGAAGUUGAAGAAGGUGGGUAAAGUGGACAUACUGUCAGUUGGGCCAGCCAAGGAAGAGAAAAAGGAAGAAAAGCCAGCAGAGGGAAAGAAAGAGGAAAAGAAAGAAGAAAAAAAAGAAGAGAAGAAAGAAGAAAAGAAAGAAGAAAAGAAAGAGGAGAAGAAAUAAUUUUCCAAAUUUUCAUCAUUAUCAAGAAAAGAAAGAGGAGAAGAAAUAAUUUUCCAAAUUUUCAUCAUUAUCUUUCUUUUGUAUUUUUCUACCAUAGUAUUUUCUUGCAUUAUAGAGUAAAAUUUUCCCCCUGUAAUUUUACCCAAAAAGCUAUCUCACAAAUCAUAACCAGAAAUUUCCCAUUCCAUGUUUCAA